CUGCUCUUGUAGAAGGACUAAUUCGUAAACCCGCGAGAGCGCCGUAACCCACACUGCGCAUUUGCCCGACUUGGCUUCAAAUAUUUUGUUAGGGUUGUUGGUCGUCCAGCCCUCCAUCCGGGUGCAGCAAUCACCUCAGCUGCUUGCUGCUAUUUACUGUUCGUUCAGCCAGAGACGCUGGGAAUAGAGAAAGAUGGUGAGGCUCACUGCCGACUUGAUUUGGAAAAGCCCUCAUUUUUUCAAUGCCGUCAAGGAGCGAGAGUUAGAUCUUCGAGGUAACAAGAUUGCGGUGAUAGAAAACUUGGGCGCUACUGAGGACCAAUUCGACACAAUUGAUUUGUCUGACAAUGAGAUUGUUAAGCUGGAAAACUUUCCUCAUCUUAAUCGUUUGGGCACAUUGCUUAUAAAUAACAAUAGAAUUACUCGUAUCAAUCCCAACAUCGGAGAGUUCUUGCCAAAUUUACACACUUUAGUUCUUACGAACAACAGGCUUGUCAACUUGGUAGAGAUUGAUCCUCUGGCAUCCCUUCCAAAGCUGCAGUUUCUUAGCCUGUUAGAUAAUAACAUCACAAAGAAACCAAAUUAUCGGCUGUAUGUCAUUAACAAACUAAAGUUCCUUCGGGUUCUAGAUUUCAAGAAGGUGAAAAACAAGGAGAGAAUGGAAGCAAGAAAUUUGUUUGCAUCCAAAGAAGUUGAGGAAGAGAUUAAAAAGGAAUCCGCAAAGACUUUCACACCUGUUGAGGUACCCAAAGUUUCGGAAGUUUCAGAGGAAGAACAAACUCCAAAAGUGGCUGCCCCAACACCAGAGCAAAUAAUAGCUAUCAAGGCUGCCAUUGUGAAUUCACAGACUCUUGAAGAGGUUGCAAGACUUGAAAAGGCAUUGAAGUCAGGUCAGCUUCCUACAGAUUUGCAAGCUUUGGUUGAGGAUACUCAGGCAAAUGGUGUCAAACAAAAGGACGAUAAUAUGGACUCCGAUAGUCAGAAUGAGGAUGACAGUGAGCCAAAAGACGUGGAGGAACAAAGGAAUAAUGAACCUGUACCCAUGGAACAAGAGUGAAGGGUGGUAGCUUUGGAAUCCAGUCGCCUCAGUCCUCAGGAAAGCUCGUUGCCCCUUUUGCAGCGGCUGAUAAUUCUACCGUUGGACUUCAUUUAGGAUAUUUCUCUAAUAUUAUGAUUACU